CCUUCGCGUAGCCCGGCAGAACACCUUUCACGCCGAACCCUCUUUGACCUCGGCUGGCCCAGAGGAGUUGGCUUCUUCACCUGUACCAGGCUCAGCGCCAUCAACAUUGUUGCCUAGCCCGUCGAUGGCCCUAGAGACGCCGGCCGUCCCGGUGGAUUCCUCCGGAGCAUGGCGGCUUCAGGGCUCACUGGCGUUGGCAAUAGCGGGACCAGCAGCAAACGGGACUUCACCGUCUGCGAAUCCGCCUUCAUAUGCCUUCUCCACUCAACCGGUCCCUGAAAUGCCACUGCCGUCGCCGUCGCCGUCGCCAUCAUCGUCGUCACUGUCACGGUCACUUCCAGAGCUGCAGCUGCAACUUCAACCAAAGCCACAGCCACAGCGUCCCUCAACGGGGCUAUGGAAAGAGAUCCAUCCGUCUCAGUCAUCAUAUCAGCUCGUCACAAGCAAGCCGGUGAAGGCUGCGACCGACUCAUCUUCUCUCGAUGAGGCGGCGAGAGCCACGACGACCAACCUCAUGCCUAUCGCCCGUCGGAAGCCUUUCAACGGUCAUCAGUUGACGGCCGUCAGGCUUGUCAGUGCUCAAACCGUCGAAGAAUGGUUUGGUGACUUUUGGUGCCGCUGUGAGGCUUGGAACAAUAUCGCCGAGUUGAAUGAACCGCGUCGGGUUACCAGCAAACAAGCGUAUAUCCAUGUUGCCUGUAGGUCCCAAACUGACACAUUGGUGGAGUUUGAGUUGAGUUUGUGUCUGUCUUCGACCAAACACUCCAACCAUUUGGAAAUCACCAUCAAUCGUCUCCCAUUCUUGACGUCCCGUCAAAGAGGACUGUUUAGAGAGUUUCCGAUUUGUGAAUGGACUCGAGGGCUACCUGCCUCACCCCAGAAGCCCUGGUUGGUUGAUUCAGUGCAGAACGCUUCGGCCCUGCGCCCUCGUGCCCAGAGUCCAAACCCCGCUUUGGCUGCUAAAACUAUGGCCUGGCCGAGGUCGAGACCUGAUUUUAUUCUGGGCGUCUAUGCUCUUUCAGCACGAAGUGGAUUUCAUCUCAAAUUAGCAUACAAGUUAUGGCCUUUUGUGUGGUCGCAGGCUCCUUUCGUUGUAUAG